UCUCCUAUGCGCACAGCGCAGAAUGUGUCUGGGAUGCAACCAGUAGUUUAGACAGACUGCUGUGGAGUAGUUGCGCAUCACUGACGGAUACCGGCGCCUGGAAAAACCGCUGAAAGUCACGUCUUUCUUUUCACAGAACUAAAUGGCUCGGAUUUACAACAGAUACAGCAUAUGUAGAUGAGUGAUUCGAUAUUCUAAGAGUUUGAGAAAUGCAAGCGAUUGCGCGGCUUUAAAUUCAGACGCGUAACGCUCAAGCAGCCAUGCAUUUGUGUAGCUCUGUGGGCUCUUUGCUCCUCGUCCUUUUCAUCAGCAGGAGCAUGGAUGACUCUGUCAGCAGCACAGAGGAGAUCUUGCCUCCCACCAUUCAGAAACUGAUGAAGGGAUACAACAAGUACCUUAGGCCAUUAUUUGGCAAUGGGCCUGUUACUGUAGGAAUGAGUCUGGAUAUCGCCAGCAUAGACACCAUAUCAGAAAUCAACAUGGAUUACACAGCCACCAUCUUUCUUCGUCAGCGCUGGACAGACGAACGCUUGUGUUUUGAUGGCAAUAAGAGCUUGAGUCUGGAUGGGAGACUGGCAGAGCUCCUUUGGGUCCCUGAUACAUUCAUUGUGGAUUCCAAGAAAUCCUUCCUGCAUGACAUCACUGUCGAAAACAGACUGAUCCGGAUAUUCCCCAACGGAACCGUGCUGUAUGCCCUGAGAAUUACCACAACGGUGGCCUGCAGUAUGGAUCUAACCAAAUAUCCCAUGGACAGACAGACGUGCACCCUUCAACUCGAAAGCUGGGGAUAUAAUGUGAAAGAUGUGGUUUUCUAUUGGACAAGGGGAAACCAGUCAGUUAGUGGUCUUGAUCAUUUACAGCUGGCUCAGUACACCCUUGAAGAUCACUACACCUCUGAAUCUGAAGCCGUUUAUGAGACUGGUAAUUACCCAAAGUUGAUCUUCCACUUCAAACUCAAGAGGAGCAUCUUAUAUUUCAUUCUGGAGACGUAUGUUCCCUCCAGUGCUCUGGUGGUCCUGUCCUGGGUCUCAUUCUGGAUCAGUCAAUCUUCAGUACCUGCUCGCAUCUGCAUAGGAGUGACCACAGUCUUAACUAUGACCACCCUGAUGAUGGGAGCCCGCACCUCUCUACCCAAUGCCAACUGCUUCAUCAAAGCCAUUGACGUGUAUCUGGGCAUCUGCUUUAGCUUCAUCUUUGGCGCUCUGAUUGAAUACGCAGUCGCUCAUUUUUGCACAUUACACCAGCCAAACGCUGCCAAUGCAUAUAUGUAUGGCCAGGAAAUGCAGGAGCGCGAGGACGAGAUGAAUGGCAUCGUCACCUCCAUUGGCAGCCACACUUUGCGGGUCCGUAAACGGGAGGAGAUGCUGUCCCGAAUGGGCAGCGCCAGCAACCCCACCCCCAGUGAGAGUAAGGAGGAGAUCAACUCCUCGCAGCCACAGACCCGCUGCACCAAGUGCAUGUCGACGGCACGCCAAAUCGUGCGCUGUCUGAACUGCUGCAAAGUGAAAAACCCGCACUACAUCGACAACUACUCAAGGCUGACCUUUCCCCUCUCCUUCAUCAUGAUCAACCUCCUCUACUGGACAUACUACUUGUACUUCUAAAGCUCCUGUUGUCUGUGUCGAGGGGUCUAUAGUGAUGUAUGUGUGUCCCUUUUUGUGUCACAGUUUACCUAAGGGUUUUUACUCUUACAUGUCAGCAUGCAUUUCAGUUAAGUAUGACUGAUAGUGUUCAUGUCACCCAAGUAUGUGUCAUUCCUUGAGGUACGCAGGAUCUGAGUGACUUUGGACUGCACAGAUGUAUGCAGAUUUGUACCAUGUCUAAACCUUUAAGAUGCAUCUACAUCUCUGUGUCAGGAAAAUGUGGCCUUCAUUUUCAAAUGGAGCUUUAGAUUAACUCAAAUCCGCAACAAAAUCAGUCUAGCUGUAAAUUGUAAUAUGAUUUUAUGAUAUAUGUACAACAAUUUCAAAUGGACCUGAAUGUAAGUGUGAUUAUUUGUCUUUUAGCAAAAAAGAGCAUGAUUUAAAACUCACUAUUGACACAAGUAACAAAACAUAAGCAAUUCAUGAAACUGAAAG